AUGAACGUAUUAGAGAAAGCUGAAAAGGCUUUGGAAUUCUUAAAGGCAAAUGAGAACUCAGCGAAGAGCCAUGAGUUGCAGGCAGCGGCUGGGACACUCGGUCGUUGUUUGGGAGCUUUAGGGAGCCGUUCAAACUGCGCUCGUCACUAUGCAAACUUGCUGCAUUCAGCUGCCCCUACGCUUCUUUUGCUAGCCAGUAACGACAGCGCUGAAGUGCGCCUUGUGGGUGACGAAGCACUAAACAGAGCUGUAGUAGGAGGUUUUGCAUUCCAUUCCCAUAAAACUAAUAUUGUCUUGCAAAAUCAGAUAGAUUGUACAAGGAAUGCAAGAUGGAUCCGCGCAGCUCUGUCUCGAAUAUGCCUUGGAGAAUGCUGGCUUCGUCCUGGUGUUGGCAAGAUCAGGACACAGGCACAGACAUUGUUUCCCAAACUAAGUCAGAUAGUGCGACAAACAACCGAGGUUCCGUUAAUAGUAGAAGCUUUGGAGAACAAUCUACCAAGAAUACUGACCGCAUUAGCGGAGUACACUACAGAUGAAGAGAUUUCUGAAUUAUCAAAGGCUUUACUACCUCACGUGGAGACGGCGGACCCGGCGGUGAGACGUGGUAUAUCUACGUGCGUCGCCCACUUGUGUUCACAUAGAGAACCGUUACUAACCAACAUAUUAGCUAGAGUUUUUGAAAAGCUAUGGCCUCUAACAUCAGACAGUACAGUGGUGAUGGGAUGGUUUUGUGUAAUUAAAGCCAUCUUCCAAAUCAACGAUAUUACGAAGUUUUCCGAAAACGAUUUGUUCGGCGUUCGAGAUUAUUUAGAGCUUUACUACAUCUGCAUACACUACAUAGAAAAUGCGAAGGAGCAUAACGUUCAGAAUGCAGUGAUGGAGUGUUUCACCGUACUAUUGUCUCUGGCAUCCGGACAAUACAAGGUGGCGUUGCUUGAUAGACAUCCGAGACACGUGUCCUUAGAUAAUACACACAGUGAGAAGGGACAUAGGAGGAAUAUUAGUACAUCAAGUAUAAUAUCAUCACGAUAUGCCCCAAGUCCUCAGGCGGAAUUAAGGGAUCCUUUGGAGCUAUCCUUCUCUGGUGCUUUGCAACUUGGCAGUCUGUUGCAGUUUAAUACACCAAGCUUAAGUGUUGAGGAUUUAACUAUACAGACACCUGAUUCACCAGCGAGUGACCAGGAAAUGGAAUUACCUAAUUCAGAACAGCUAUCUAAAGAUUUAACUCAUAAACUACAAGAAAUCGAGGAGACGGAAACAAAGGAAUGUGAUCAAAUUGAUCAUGGACCAACUGUAUUGGAUGGAGCGAUGAAGAUCAACAUAGGUACCGCCAAAGAUGAUGAUAUCCCACUUAAAUAUGGCGCUCGUUUGCUGACCUCGAAGUUUCUUCUUACUGGAAACAAGGAUGGAGUUAUACCUGAUAGACAAGUAAGAGUGUCUUUAAAGUCAUCGGCACUGAAUUGUUUGUCGGAGAUACUUCGGUUAUACCCACAAGCGAUUACGUUGUAUUUGGAUAAGGACGCUGACGCUAAGCAUCAUAACAUUUCUGGGUCAUCAGAAAACACAGACUCAAACCAAGACCAUAUAAACGACUUCAUACUUGAAAGAAACGUGUGCUACCAAGAUUCGCUAACAGACUCUUUAAGUCAGGACUUCCUUAACCGUAGCGUAGACAGCCAACAGGCAACACAAUCCCAUCAAAUGUCUAAAAAAGACAGCAAAUCAGAGAGCACAGAACUAAAGAGCUCCAAGGAUGUCCCAAGCAACAUUUUGGACAGCAAAAUUUUUAAUAAGGGGGACCUCCUUGCAAGCGCUACAACAGACAGUACCAACCCUAACAUGACGAUCAGUAAUUUCACCACAAAUUCAAAUAUGACUGGCAGUAAUGACCCCUUGUCGACUGGGUACCCAAUGUCCAGUAGUGGGGAUGUUCUAUCCUCAAGCAUUGACCUUGAUAUGAAAUUCGACCAUUUUGGCGAGUCUACCACUAAUUUAGAUCACCUAGAUGCCUUAAAAGAUUUUGAGAAAAAAGAGGAGAGAGUCAAACGGCCUCUUAAGCGUACCGAUGAGAUCCAAGAAAAGGAUUCAGUGGAAAUUGUUAGCCAAAAUGUUAGUGAAGAUGUGAAAAUGGUUGAUGUGUCAGAGAAUUUUGAAUUUCAACAUCUGAGUGAUGUUUUCACCCUUUUGGAAGGUCAUAGUGACCCUCAAAUUCGAGGGUUGGUUAGAGUCUGUAUUGGAAGUUAUUUGGUCGCUGCUUUGGACCUCUCUCAUGGGCACUAUAGUAGGUGGAGAAGUUACAGUGCCCUACCAAAAGACGUGUCGGAAUUUAUUGCCGUGGAUAAACUUAUUGGUAUUGUUUUGAAGGGUCUGUCUGAUGACAUUCACUCUACAGUGAACUAUACUCUAUCAUCUCUUACGUCUCUAUCCACGGCUCUAUGUAACAGUUCGCAUUGGGCACAGAUCGUCGAUGUAUUAAACGCUCUCGUCAAUGUAGAGACCAACAACUACUGGUUGUGUAGAGUCAAUUUAUGCAAGUUGUAUGAAAAGCUGCCGUAUCAGAAAUUGUACAUGCUAUAUCCUAUGUAUUAUAUACGAAGUAAACUGAUUUUGGACACAUUAAUUCGCUUGCUCGGGGAUCAGGACCAAAAAGUGCGGAAUGCGGCCGCUCAAGCGAUAACAAACAUUAUACCAAUAAUAACACCAUCAAGACGUGAUUCCCCUACUUCCUUAGUAUCCUACGUAGCUAAGGAACAAAGUAAACAGUUCACAUUUGAUCAUGCAGGCUUAGCGUUGGAUUUAGUACGAAAUAUAUACUUCUAUAGCGAUCUACCAUCACAACUAAAGGAGGGCGAAGAAAUGAAAAAUAUUAAUAGUCUAAGAGCUGUUGUUGGGAAGUUGAUUGGGAAUCUAAUGGCUUCACAUUGUAAAUAUUAUACGCAAGGUCUUCUAGAAGCUCUCCAGUCGAUAUGCAAGCGGUGGUCGCCAUGGAAACACAUGGACGCAUACUCCGACCAAGGUUUACUGAGCUACUGUUUAGAUAACCUUGACUACUGCAACGGUACGGUGAUGGCGAGGACUAUAUUUAUGGACCUUUGUUCUUUGGUGUACCCCGUCGAAAUCCACAAUAUAAUGCGUCAUAAAACCACAAACAGAGAUAUAUUUGAACGUGAUACACAAAAUGCUAAAGAAAGAUGGCAACACUUAGAAUGUGAAAGGGUUGCCAACCUAGCCGAAAAGUUUUUACAGGUGACAUUGAAAAUGUUGAACGUUCUAGUACACUUGAUAGAGGAAGUUAAUCCUAAUGUCCAUUUGAAUAAGGGCGGUAUUGCCUUGCCUGGGAGUCCGGUUAGAAGGAAAACACAAGAUUCCAUUCCCCGCCGCGGCAGCAAUCCACCAGAGUUGGAUGACAAAGGCUCUUUACGUAAAAGGCCGCCGCCGCCCGCGUCGAGUUUGAAGGCAAACUUCGCGGGACAUUUCUUUAACGAACCAUUUUAUAUGAAGUUCUAUGAAUCUCUUAGAGCUACAUAUUCUAAUCAUAAGAUCAACCUCGACCCAAAAACAAGUAUAUUCCACACAUUCCUAUCAACAGUACUGAACUCUUUAUCUAUACAACUAGAACUAGCAACUGAACGAGAAAUCGGAAACGUAACGGAAGAAAUACUCUACUAUCUAAAGGUCAUAAUGCCUCUAUGUCCAGACAAGACAGUUUAUUGCAUAACUCAAUUACUUAAAUGCCUUUUUGGAACCAACAUGGUGAACCAAUACUCCGAUUUUAUGAGCAUAUUUAAUAAAAGUAACCCAGAAGACGUUACAAGCUUCUAUAAAGACGUUAUGAUGUUGAAUGGCUUGACUUUAAUAAAGGAAGAAUCUAGACGAAGUAGUACAUGUUCUAAUGCUAGUCAAAAAUUGGCCUUGGAUACUAAAAAUCCCAGGAUGAGCGCCGAAAGGCAGUUGUUGAUGACUAUGGAGAAUUUUGCUAAGAAUAAAUCUGAUAGGAAGUGGAAUACUAAUAAGAAGGAGUUGGAACGGUAUAUUCGACUGUUUGAGCCUGUUGUUAUACAGGCUUUGAAGAGUUAUACAAUGCAGAACGACAUACCACUUCAAUGCCAAGUUCUAAACUUAUUGAACCAGCUACUAACAUUAAGAGUGAACUACUGCAUGCUGGACAGCGAUCAGAUCUUCAUAGGAUUCCUUAUGAAGCAACUAGACCUGGUUGAACAGCAUGAAAUACCUGAUUGCUGUGAUUUGGUGAACAGUAUACUUAUGUUCUUGGUGCAACUUUCAUCGUCCAAACAUCAUACCAAACAAAUUAUAGAAAUACCAAAGCUAAUACAACUUUGUGACGGAUUGAUGGCUUCUGGCGCUCAUUUAGAAUGUAUCGCCGGAUUGGAACCUGUGGCUGUUAAAGUCUUCAGUAAUAUGGGAGGUACCAGUGUGCUAGGCAGAGCUCAACAACAAGAAGCUCAAGCCACUAGAGAGGUUUUGUUUUACAUGCUGCAGAAAACUAUGCAUCAACAUAAGGUAUUAGAACUAGUAUCCUGCGUCCUAUCUCUGUCCCAAGAACACCCAGAGAGCUAUUAUCGCUGGUCAGAGCUAGCCAGCGACACAUUACUGAACCUAUUGACCCAGAGGUCUAUAGAGUUGGACUGUCAGAGGGCUAUCGGGUCUCUAGAGAGGCUACUAGACACGGUGUACAAAGAUGUGCUGUUGGAACAGAGUCGAGUGGAGAUUUUAUUGAAGAUUUUGUUCAAAGCUCCGCCUGAUCAGGCAACAACACCUCUAAAACUAAAAAUCCGUUAUCUCUCAAUAAUAAUGGUACUGUUACGCAAAAUACUGGUUUUAAUACCAGAGAGCGAGAUACUUUUAACAAUAAACUAUUUGAAAUCAACCUGUAUAUCUCCAUUGUCGAUAUUUUUUAACGUCAAAACUGACGUGGACCCUUUGAACGUGCAGAAUGUUAAUGAAAAUUGCGCCAAUCUGUCACCUGACGUCAUUUUAGUGCGGUUCUUGUUUAAAACCGUGACGUAUGCGAUAAUGGAAAUGGAUAAUGUGUACGAGUGUUUGCAGAGCGAACAGAACAGUUUGUUAUAUGCUGUCUGUGUCAAUAUUAUUGUACAAGUCAAGCAUAUGCUGCAUUUAACGGACGGCUGCCUCUUCCCCCUCUCAGCUAAGACAGCACAAAGCUUACUACACAACGAACAAAGUGGCCUAAACACUGGUCUAUACAGUCCCGAAGAAAACAUCCCCCUAGAUCUACUCAACUUGAUAUGCUUGAAGUCUGCGCAUCGAAUACCCUUGUUAACUGUACAUUGGUCGCAUUUGCUUAUCAGAUUAAACUUCCUAUCGCACAAGUACUGGCAGAAGCUAAUAGGUUUCGCUCGCAACCUCCCACUGAGCGCUGACUGCGGCGACACGCAACUGUUGAGAGUUGAUACGCUGCAAAUAGCUUGUGUUAUGGCUUACUGCGAGUAUUUUGUAGAAAACGGCCUAACAGAAGCAGUCCAUCUAACCUGGUUAUUAGUUAACCGAGUACACAUACUAGUGAGUCAGUACAGAGAGGAGAUUGUACAAACGUUGAUAGCUAAGGUCCAACAGAUGGCGGGCGCGUCGGGGCUACUGUUGCAAGCUGUCGCCGCUAGAUGUCAGGGGUGUUUAAAGGACGAAUUCGCUCUGAAUACGUACAAGAUCUUGUCAUUAUGCCACGAAAGUCAGUCGGGAGCGCUCGUCUUCCUCAUAUGUCGGAUCAUCGGGAAACUGGAGCCCGCUAUAGCUGGCAGAUUCGCAAAACUCGCAAUAGACAGAUGCCGAGUAUUAAAAGACAUGCCAGUUGAUAAGAUCAACGAACAACUCUCCAAGGAAGAUGUACAAGUCGCUUUAGAGUUACUGCAGAGGGAUAAAGUUCAUACACGGUACUCAGCAUUAGUAGUGGAAUUAAAUUCGUUGGCGUCCAGUGUGUUUGACUUAUCACCGCUAGAUCUGUCGCAGGACAGAGCGAUCAAUCCACAGUACAUUGUAACUACCAAUAUCGAUAGUCAAUGGUUGCUGAACCAGGUGAAGAGCAGAUGCUGCCAAAGUGAUUGCAAAACACCAAAAGCAUUGAAACAAAAUGAUCUCGCACAUUUGCUUUCAAACCUUCCCAGAGAAGACCUCGCUACAAUCAUGGCCUGUCCAGAAUUCGACAGGAAAAUAUUAAACCCAGCUUUCAGAAUAACCUGUGAUACUUAUCUAAGAGAAUUCUUAAACAUUCUCUCUGUACAUGAAACGAAAGAGUAUGAGAAAGAGUGCGCAAGGGAACAGAGAAUGAUGAGAGUUCGAGAGGAGAUGACGUCAUCGAUCGAUAGCAACAAACUCAAUGUUGUAAACACAUUACAUGUUUUCAAAAAAAGUGACAAUAAAGAAUCGAAAUCUCAGUUCUUCAUACCGAUCACAGAUAAUGAGAAUUUGAAAGAGAACUUCGGCAAUUUACAAAUUUCCGACGAAGAUCUAGAGAUUGAACCGCCGGAGUUGCCAGCUUUGUAUACUAUCGGUGUUGCUACACUAGAAAAUUCUUUAGCUGACAUUAUAAGACUCUUUCCGAAGCAGAUUAGGCCUUUGAGUCAAUCUGAAAAUUUCAGUCUAAAUGUUGAACAGACUUUAGAUAGAUACACGAGGAGAUGUCACCAAGUCUUCCAAGAUAAAGUAUUUUACCAAGAAUUUUAUAUACUACAAACUAUUUUAACGGGAUUUUUGUCAUCGCUUGAUAGAAUUAUAUCGUUUAUAGACGAAGCUGACUGCGAUUUACUAGACAAGUGCAUAGAGAAUAUACUACCUCCAACUUUGGCAAAGAACAUGGCGAUUUUUGCUGUAAUUUCUUUACAAUAUUUGUCGUUUUUGAUUAAGAAUAAGAAAAUAGUCGAGACGCCUGUCCAUACGGAUGUGUCAUUUAGGGUGACAACGUCAGUGUCAGAUAACGUCGUAGUUGACAAUGUCAUUAGUGUCGCAAUUGAUAAUGUCUCAAAAGCGUUAAGUUUCAAGGAAAUUUGGAACGAAUUGAAUACUGAUGCCAAUGUCAAUAGAACUCAAAGUGCUGUGAGCUGCUUGUAUGCCGUGGUGAAGUAUCUGGUUAAGAACACAAGACCGUUAACACCUAAAAACUAUAUGCAGUCUCAAGAUUCAGGUCCUAAACCGGACAUGGUAAUCACCGGUGAUAAAUUAAUCACUCUUCUAGAAUAUUGGGAGAACAACUUCUAUGCGAAGCAUUCUGGUGAUUUCUUAGAGAAGUGUUAUAGGGAACCAAUUGAGAGCUUGCUUAUUUCUUUGGCUAGAUUGGAUAUUAUGAGCAACAUAUCCCUGAUACCUCCUAUAGCGUGGUCCUCAGUGGACGUGGUCUCCAAGAAGGAUCAUCUCCAGAAGAUAGACUUGCCUCUCCAAGCUUUGCAGGAUAUGGACGUUUUAGAGGCUUUUUUGUUUAGAGUAAACCUAAUAGGUUGGUCCUCAAAGAAGCAGUUCGAGGAGAUGUGGGUCGGUUUGCUAGGAGCUUUACAAGGGAACGGCACUCACUGGGCGGUGCGCGGUAUCACGCAGUUGUUACUGAGCGCCGCGCCCACUAGACGACGGAUGCCGGCCGCACUUGUACAUGUCGCCAGGCAGAAAUUUGGAUGUAAUGAGGGUAUGCAACGUCUCCGCAACAUCCUCGUCGGUACAUCGUCAUACAAUCUAUUCGAUUGCGUCAACCUGGAACGGAUACCGCUAAUGAAUGACGGAUUCGACGGAUAUCAUUACGCGCAGUUCAAUACUGAGUACUUGAAACUAGCGUCAGAUAUAACAGACGACGCGAGCUACAAAGUAAAGAGAGAGGUGAAACGAGUGAGAAAGAACAAAGAGAUUGACAUCAACAGCUGUCUACAGAUACUUAUGGAUGUCACCUCGCAGAUGUUGGAGCCUAAGGCGCCAACAGGUGUAGCCGCCCGCGUGGCCCUGGUGUCGUGCAUGAGCCACAGCGGCGCGGUGUUCUCUCAGCCGGCGCACUGGUGCUGGGCGGCCGGCCAGCUCAUCGCGCUCACGGCCGCCGCGCACGCGCCGCUCACGCAGUACAGCGCGGCCGGCCGGGCGCUGCUGCGCGCGCUGUCCGACUGUAUGUGUGUGCUCGACGGAUUUGAGGGGCUGCAGGAACUAUCAACAGUCCACCAGAAGCUUCUGAAAUCCCUGUCAUCCAGCUAUGCUCCGUUACGGCAAGCAGCGCUACAGGGUUGUCUCCUACAACUCACGGGGAAGGCACAUCACCUCGCCAACGUACAUAGUGCACCGAAUCCUUUCCACGAACUCGUGUCGCAGUUAAAUGUAGCUGUGAAACAGUAUCUAGCGCCUAAUACUAAAAUAUCUCUAUACGAACAGAGUCUAUACUGGACAGUGUUAUUCACAUUGAUAGAGCUUGGACAUCCGGAACUGAUCAAUAUGGCUGUCGACUUUGUACUCACAAACCCUAGACACUACUGCAUUGAUUUGGUUGUUAAGGGUAUCACAACGACUAUCCGACAGCAGGUUCUGCCGAAGGACCUAAAGAACUCGAUCAUUGAAAGGCUUUUAGAAAACAUGAAGGUUUAUUCAGAGCACCACGCUGUGCAGAUAUUGAUGGUGCAUCUGUUUUCAGCUGACAACAAGCUCCUAAGUCCAAAAUUAACAUCCGACGUAUCAAACAUGGACCCCGACAUUCUAAUGAACUCUAUGGAAAGAAUUACUCUACUCUACAAAGUUCUACGCCAAUCAAGAGAGAAAGAGAGCAAGAGAAUAAUAACGACUUCUCUUAAAUACUUCUUAAGAGAGACUCUACCUCCGGCCGCGACUCUAAGUAGAGUCGUGAUAGAGUUCUUAGAGUGUUGUAAGGAGAGUGAGAAGAUUAAAAUAGAGAUUGCGUCGGAUAGAGAUCGGUGGAUCGACUGCGCUGUUAUGAAUGCUGAGAUCGUUUUUGAGGUAUUUCAAACAUCGAUAACUCAAGACCAGCUCCCAGUCCUCUCCGGUUGGAUAUUCGAAGCCCUCUGCCAUCUCCUAAAUGGGAAAGUAACCCCCCAUCUACUUCCAUACUGUCUACAAACCCUUCUAGUUUCUGCCAGCUCCAACCAAUUUAUAAGACACAUAUCCCCACUAUGCUACCAUAUAUUAAGACUAGGAUUCCUCAAAAGCGGAGAGGUCUCACAACACUGGUCAAUCUUCAAUGAUUUCCUUAAAACAGAUAGUGGCAUGCAAUUCUCGGAUAAAAGAUUACUAUGUGUUGUGUCAUUAAAGUCCAAUUUCACGGGAUCUCAAUUAGAAAGGUUGAAGGAAUUGUGUAAUAGUAACGAGUGUUUGUCUGAACUAGCUUCUUGCUUGAAUUUGUAA